AUGGCGUCGGCGCCGCCUCCGUCGGCGGCCAAGCUGUACUCGGCGAACAGCUUCGUCUCGCUGCCCGCCGAGCUCAAGUCCGACACCUACGACACAUCGCGGGAGAAGCGCCGCGCCGAGGCCGAGCGCCUGGCGAUCCGCUGCCAGCUCAAGCGGCAGUACCAGCUGCAGCUUAACGACCCCAGCCCGCCCGCCAUCAUCGACAAUCCCGCUUUGGUCCGCUGGGCCUAUGCGAAGUCGCAGAACGUCUACCCUACUUUCCGCGCGACACCCAGGACGUCCUUUCUAGGAGCUGCUUAUGGGUUAGGUCCCCUCCUCUUCUGGAUUUUUGUCUUAAAAGCUGACAGGGAUCUUAAAGAGAAGCGUAUCCAGGAAGGUAAAUACAAGCGACCAUUCAGUGUAUUCUUCUAAGGUCCUGGAAUUGCAGUGAUGUUCAUGGGAUAUAAAUAAAAUAAGAUGUAUUAUGUGAUGACAUUUCUCUGUCAUAAGAAUAAAUCUUAAUUGCUUGUU